AGGAAAUCGAUGUGUGAUUGCUCCAAAUUGUGCAUGAAACGUGGAUCUGUAUCGACAGAGUGCACAACGUUGCCGAUGUCGAUCUCACGGACAGAUGACGGAAGGGUGCUUAUCUGAAACGCAGUGAAACGACAGCGGAUACAAUAAGAUUUCUAUGAGUAUUGAUGAUCAAAGACAUCAGAGACAGGUUGAGGGGUGGUUGUGGCCUUCAGCAGUCUGGCACAAACAUUCCACCUUGGGCAUUGGCUAUUGGAGCUCUCGUUGCUGUCUCUCUUUAUUGCGCUCUCACCAUCUCUCCGACACCAACAUCCAAAGUCAGACUACAACUUUCAGGUCUCAGUGAUCAUGCAGAGAUCGCUGCAUUGGAAACCAAGGGGCUCAGGCCAUUGGCCUCAAAAGCACGCACCAGUGCAGUGGAUCCUGUCAGAGGCUCCAAUAGUGGGCCACUUUUGGAGCACAUGUUUGUCUGCGUCACCUUCCAUUGGGAUGUCUCGGGCCUCACUCUUCUGCGCCAGGCUGUGAUGACAAUAUCGCACUACCCGACAACGGUGACAAUGUGCAUCAUCAGCAAUCGGCCGGAGCUCCUGCGGCAGGCGAUAAGAGAAUGGGGCUCUGGGGCGGAUCACUGGGUGUGCGGCACUAAUCAGACCCUGCUCGAUCCGCUGCACCUCGCCUUUGUGCACCGCAGCUACAUGGACCAGGCCUUCAAAAACAAAGAUUACACCACCUUCAUGUACCUGGAGCACGACAUGAACGUGCCCUGGCCGGCGCUGUUGGGGUGGGCGGCAGAUACGCCCCUUUUAGAGCCCCUGGGGUUCCAGAGGGGAUUCUACCGAGUGGAGCCCAGCCAGCACACCGGUCUGCCCACACUGACGGACCAGAUCGGCCGCAUCAACAUUACGGCCUACGAGAAGAAGCUGCGCGUCCGCUUCCGCGACGAGGUUGACCUCGUCAAGGAGAAGCAUUUUGUGCAGCUGCCCAACCCCUACUUUGCAGUGUGGGUGGCCACCCGCAGUCAGCUGGCCAAGUUCCUGCGCUCAGCGCAGUGGGACGUGCGAUACAAGCCCUGGGCGGUACGGGCGAUGGCUGCAUGCGGGUUGCAGUUCGUGGACGUCCCCAAGGGCUUUUUCAGCGCGGCGGUGGUCCCCUACAAUCCGGGGGUUCCCCAGCAGAGGCAACCCCCCAGGAUGAACGUGCACGCGGCCAUCGAGCACAUGUCGAACAAGUACUGCAGCGCCAUCACCGGCGGCCAACUGCACUGUACCGUGGCAGCGCAUGAGUUUCUAUUUGCGUGA